GUUAUUUGUUGCCAGUGAUAGCACCGAGAUUGCUUGCUCCGUUCGUGAUUGCUUUUUUGAUUGACAGCAAGCUGAAGUUGACUCGUGGUGGUCGUGUUGAAUUCUUCAUUGCCUUUGCUGUGCUGAUGAUUGUGGGGAGUUGGCUUCUUCUGUUUGUGUGUAGACAGACUAGCUAUUUCAAUAUCCUUCUACUGUUCAUUGUAAUUGCUGUCAAGAUUGGCUUCUUCUAUGGACACUUCCAAGUAACAACAACUCUCCAAAUUCUUUUCAAAACCUCCUCCCCUCUCUCUCUUUUAGAUCAUCUACUAUAUCCACUGUGCCCACACGGACGAACUUCGCAAACAAAAGGAAGCAUCAACAAAAGAAGAUAA